UCAAUUUCAUUUCAGUUGGAAAUAAGUGAAGGGGUGUGAUUAGUAGUCUGUAGGGCGGGUGUCACCCGUCGGCUUGAGAUAUUGCCGGCGGAAGUGAAGAACAACAACCCUUGUUUUAGCAUAGCAUAGCAUCGCAUCUCCAGUUUGUCCUUGCCUAAUGGAUUUGCCAAAAUUUAGGCCCCCCAAGGGGGGUCAUCAGGAGUUAAGCUGCAACCUUUAUGUCGCUAAUUGUGGGCCGGCUGUUGGACUUACUUUAGAUCGUAUUGCGUCCGCCUUCAGCUCCUAUGGGACAGUAAAAGGAGUAUAUCCUGCUGAUGAAAGUGGUUGUCGUGUUAUCGUUUCAUACUAUGAUGAGACUUGUGCACAGUCAGCACUUAAGGCACUCAACCGAAAUCCAUGUCAUGAUCUUGGAGGCCGUUCUUUGCACAUUCGUUAUUCCGUUGAACGCCCACCAUGCCAGGUGAAAAGUGGUGAUUCGGUUCAGGUGUCUUUAGAAGCGUCAGAAUUGAAUAUUCCAGGAAUCUAUUUGAUCCAUGACUUUGUUUCAGCUCAAGAAGAGGAGCAACUGAUUGCUGCAGUUGAUGCAAGGCCUUGGCAUAGUCUUGCAAAAAGAAGGGUUCAACAUUACGGCUAUGAAUUUUGCUAUCACAUAAGAAAUGUUAACACAGAACAGCAAUUGGGUGCACUUCCCUCAUUUGUUACAUGUAUAACUGAGAAGGUCCCUUUGUUUAAGAAGCUUGAUGAGGCUGCAGACAUAUCACUAGACCAGCUCACGGUAAAUGAAUACCCGAGAGGUGUGGGUUUAUCCCCGCAUAUAGACACCCAUUCAGCAUUUGAGGGGUCAAUUUACAGUCUUUCAUUACUAGGAUCUUGCAUUAUGGAGUUUAGAGCAUCCGUUGGUGAUGAAAAGGAUACAAAUUUUGUAAGGAAGGCUCUUUAUCUUCCCCCUCGAUCAAUGCUCUUGCUUUCCGGAGAAGGAAGAUAUGCUUGGCAACACUAUAUACCCCACCACAAGGUUGAUAUGGUGAACAAUACUAUUAUUGAAAGGGGUCCGAGAAGAGUAUCCUUCACAUUUCGCAAGUCCGGGCUUUGGCCCGGUGUUGAAACAGGGGCUUUUGGAGCAAAAUGGAGCAAAAAUGGAAUAUUCCAGCAAACUGCCAGAUAUGGCACGACCGUGCCAACUCCUCGCACGACCGUGCUAGGCCAACCAACGUCGGCACUCUCAUCAGCAUCAUCAGUCAGCCAGCACAGUCAUCGAUAAUCAGCGAUCCGCACGACGGUGCCAGCACUAAGCACGACCGUGCCAGGUCCAAAACAGCUUCUGACCAGCUCAUUUCCGAGAUCACACCUGUCAUCGUCGACAAUUCAUCGAUACGCACGAUCAUGCCAUGGGCUGGCACGGUCGUGCCACCUCGGAAAUCUUUGAGUGGGAGUUUUCAAGAAAUGGUAGCAAACAAGGUCGAUAGACGAAAAGUGACUCUGACACUUGCCAUGCACGACCGUGCCAAAAGGUGGCAUGGUCGUGCCAAACGCGCAACGGUUUAUAUACAAGUUUCAAGCUCAUCUGCAAGGGAGUUGGAGCAUCUUGGUAAAGUUUUCUCUAAAAAUUCUGGACUUGGAAGUUUGUUGGAGCCAAGGAGGAGCUUUGAAGAAGACUUAAUCAUUGAAGAUUCACUCAUUUACCACUUUAAUCUUGUCUUUAAACUUGGUUAGCUUACUUUAUACAUUAUGAACAAUUUAAGCUUUCUUAUAGCUAAUCUAGUGGUUACGAGCCUUAUGGGCUAAACAUUUGUGUUGCUUAAACUUUUUUGAAGCUAAUGAACAUGUGAUAAUAUGGAAGAAGAUGUGAUGAUUGUUCUUGUUAAUCUUCAUAGUAAUGUUUAGUCU